AUGAGCGUUCAACGAGCUUGUUACCAAGUUUCGGGCCCAAAAAUUGCUAGAGAUGCUUCAUCGCGCAGAGCGACAAAUUUUUACCACACUCCGUUGACUGCUGUAUACACAAAUGGCACACUAGUUUCAAGUACGACACGCGCGGCAUACACAAAGCCCUUUAGUCAACCAAAGAUUAUGUCACCUGGGAAUUGUUCGUCGACUCAAAGAAGCAACUACGUUACCUCCUUGUCUAUAAUUCCAAAAGAGAAGAUUCCACAGGUCGUAAUCUUGCCGAGUAUUGAUAGGGAUAUUACUGUACCUUCCGCAAGAUCCGUAUCGCCGAAAAAUCCUGUCCCUACAAGUGGGGAUAAAAAGAUCCGAGAAUCGCGGACUAACGCAAAAGCAAGUAAGUUACCGGCCAAAAAAUAUAUCUCUUGCCUUCACACUUCGUUAAGUACUGAGUGGAGGAAAGACAGCGUUGAUCAAGAAAGUUACGGCGAGGACAAGGCGCAGAGGACUUCACUUCAAAUUGAGUGCAAUAACAAAACAAAGAGUACACGAACGACAGCGAGUGCUGCUCCUUCAAUUUCUCGCGUCGGCGAUAAAAAUUAUUCAAAAGCGGUACCCCAUCGAACUGACCCAGAUCUUAGCGGCCCGUUUUUAGAUUGCAAAAACUGUGAAGAAAACACAGGCAUGAACAACCAGACAGUGCGCGUUCAGCGUUUACCAGCGUCCGGAAAAAGUUUUACAAUUAAAGAUAUUAUACAUCACGAUGAAAAGCCGCGUUCAGGCAAAAACACAUCUGCUGUCUCAGCGCCGCGCGGCCUAGGACAGCCAACUAGACAGGGUUUACGUCCGCGAAUGCUUCCGAAAAGUCGAUUUCGAGUCAAAAUUCAGAAAUGCCAUCACAAGAGUGUCAAUAUUUCAGAUGCUCAUGACUGCACAGUGGACAACAAAGAGAAAAUUCUGGAAAAGGAAAGCAGAAGCGUUGUUGUUCAAGAAAAAAGUCCACAAAGAUCAUUUUCUCUUCAGAGGCUUAAUUUUUAG